AUGUCUAAGGGAACUUCAGCCACUAAAGACACUCAAGAAGCAGGCACCAGUAACUCCCCUGCUCAAACAAACAGGCCAGAAGAAUCCUCUACCAAAGCUUUAAUACCUUUCCCCUCUCACCUAUUAUCUGUACUACCUAAACCAAACAAAACCAAAGCCACAAGCAAAUCCAUUGUACUUGACUUCCACAACCCUAACUCCCCUGCUACUAAUGAGCACCUUAUGGACUUCUCCAUCUCUACACCACAACUGCCAUCAACCAUUGAUCCUAACCCAGCAACAAGAAUCUGGGAGCACCCUUGGGUCCCAAGCCUCCCAACUAAUAAACUGCUGGCAAAGACUCCCAUAUCUCCUAAUCUGAAAUGGGUUUCUGAACUAAUUGCAGAGGAUGUCUGGUCUGGAGGAGGGGAGGAGCUUGUUGUCUCUCCAGUGGGCUCCUGUCGCAAGUUAGGGAAGGGAUUGCGUAACUAG